UCCUGGGGAGGUCGCGGGGAGCACGUGGGUCCCUCUGGGGCCGCGCGCGGGUCUCUUCCGGCGCCGCUUUGAUGGCGUCACGCCGAGGGUCGAGGCUGAUUGGUGGGUUCCUGGGUCACGUGGGCACGCGGCGCGCCGGAAGCGGGUCCGGCCGUGGCCGUGGCGACGGGACGCGGCGGGGCCCGGACCCGCCAUGGACGGGCCCCCCGCCCCCGCCGCCCCCCCCUCGGACCCCGAGCGACCGCCGCAAGAGCCCGAGAGCCCCCCGGGACCCCUCCAGGGUCCCCCCCCGGGCGGGGGGCGGGCGGGGCCGGGCGGCGGCGGGGGGGUCUCGGGGGGGGGGCUCCUGUCGCUGCCCCCGGAGGUGCUGCUGCGGAUCUGCGGGUUCCUGCGGGCGCGGGACGUGCGGCGGGUCCUGCCCCGGGUGUGCCGGGCGCUGCGGGACCUGGCCCGGGACAGCCUGUCCUGGCGGCUGCGGCUCCAGCAGCGCGCCCGCCGCCCCCUCCCGCCGCUGCCAGAGUCGGGGUUCGACUGGGCGGCCGCGUGCGAGGACCUGGAGGAGCACCUGGAGCGCUGGGGGGCCGGGGGGGCCCCCAUGGAGCACUUCUCCCUGGACGAGGGGCACUUCGCCUCCGUGGACUCCGUCCUGCUGCUCCAGGGGGGCUCCCUGUGCGUCUCCGGGGGCCGCGACCGCAACGUGAACCUCUGGGACCUGCGGGAGCUGGGCCGGGGCCCCCCCGGGAAGGUUCUGGUCAAGGCUCUGGGCUCGGGGCGCAGCGGGACACACAAGGGCUGGGUUUGGUGCUUGGCCGCCCGCGGGUCCCGCGUCUGCUCCGGCUCCUGGGACAGCACCGUGAAACUCUGGGACCUGGAGGCCGAGGGGCAGCAGUUCGGGGAGAUCAGGGAGAAGGCGGCCGUGCUGUGCCUCUCCUACGGCCCCGACGUCCUCGUCACCGGCACCUACGACAAAACCGUCACCGUCUACGACCCCCGAGCCGGGCAGGCCCAGGUGGGCAGUUACAAGCCCCACGCCAACGCGGUGCUGGCCCUGGCGGCCGACGAGCGGCUCAUCGUGUCGGGCAGCGAGGACCGGACCCUGGUGGUCUUCGACCGCAGGGCCGGGGGGGUCCUGCAGCGCCUGCAGCUGGACAAUUACCUGCUGUCCAUGUCCUACGGGGGGUCCCAGCUCUGGGCCGGGGACAACCAGGGCCACGUUUACCUCUUCGGCAGCACCGGCGGCGUUUUCCAGCCCCUCCGGUACUUCGACGUGGGGCACCAGCUGCAGAUCACGGGGCUCUGGCACUCGCUGGGAUCCCUCUACACUACGAGCACCGACAAGACCCUCAGGGUGGGGGGGCUCACCGACCCCCCCCGCCCCCCGCCCGCAGCCGCCGCCGCGGGACACGCCCACCGGCGGACACGCCCUCUCCUGUGUCGACAGGGACACGCCCACCGGCGGACACGCCCUCUCCUGGACACGCCCACCCGUGGACACGCCCUCUCCUGUGUCGGCAAGGGACACGCCCAGGACUGGCCGCGCCCCCGAUGCCCACCCGUGGACACGCCCACAUUCUCCGUCAGUCCCCGCCCACUGCCGGAGGGUCACGCCCAUCCCCGGUAA